GGAGGCUCUGGUAGCUGCAGGAGGAGGAGGCUGAGACCUGGUUCAGAACCAUUGCAGGUCAAUGUAUUGAUAAGUGGAGGUUCAAUCGUCAAUGCUGAGGCGGUAUGGGACCAUGUGACCAUGGCGGACCGGGAGUUGGCGUUUAAGGCCGGUGACGUCAUCAAGGUGCUGGACGCCUCCAACAAGGACUGGUGGUGGGGCCAGAUUGACGAGGAGGAAGGAUGGUUCCCUGCCAGCUUUGUACGGCUGUGGGUGAACCAGGAGGACGGGGGAGCAGAGCCAGCUGAGGGAACCAGCGAGGUGCAGAAUGGACAUCUGGACCCGACCAAUGACUGCCUGUGUCUGGGGUCGCCUCUCCAGAACCGAGACCAGAUGAGAGCUAAUGUCAUCAAUGAGAUCAUGAGCACAGAGAGACAUUACAUAAAACACCUCAAGGACAUCUGUGAGGGUUACCUGCGCCAGUGCAGGAAGCGUGUGGACAUGUUCAAUGAUGACCAGCUCAAGGUCAUCUUUGGCAACAUCGAGGACAUCUACCGCUUCCAGAUGGGCUUUGUUAGAGACUUGGAGAAACAGUACAACACAGAGGAACCGCACCUCUCUGAAAUCGGACCAUGUUUUUUAGAACACCAAGAUGGGUUUUGGAUCUAUUCAGAAUACUGUAACAACCAUUUGGAUGCCUGUAUGGAGCUGAGCAAGCUGAUGAGGGAUGGCAGGUACCAGCACUUCUUCGAGGCCUGUCGCCUCCUCCAGCAAAUGAUUGACAUCGCCAUAGACGGCUUCUUGCUCACCCCUGUCCAGAAAAUCUGCAAAUAUCCACUCCAGUUGGCCGAGCUUCUCAAAUACACUGCACAGGAGCACAGUGACUAUCGAUACGUGGCGGCGGCCCUGGCAGUAAUGCGGAACGUCACUCAGCAGAUCAACGAAAGGAAGAGGAGGCUGGAGAACAUCGACAAGAUUGCCCAGUGGCAAGCCUCUGUUCUGGACUGGGAGGGGGAUGAUAUUUUGGACAGGAGCUCGGAGCUCAUCUACACUGGGGAGUUGUCAUGGAUCUAUCAGCCGUAUGGACGCAGCCAGCAGCGAGUCUUCUUCCUCUUUGAUCACCAGCUGGUCCUCUGUAAGAAGGAUCUGAUACGCCGGGACAUCCUGUACUACAAGGGCCGCAUUGACAUGGAUCGCUACGAGGUGCGGGACGCCAUAGACGGGCGUGACGAUGACUUCAACGUCAGUGUGAAGAACGCCUUCAAAUUGUGCAACAAAGACAGCGAGGAGAUCCACAUCUUCCUGGCCAAGAAGCCUGAGGAGAAGAUCCGCUGGCUCAGGGCCUUCCACGAGGAGAGGAAGAUGGUGCAAGAGGAUGAGAAAAUCGGUUUUGAGAUCUCUGAGUACCAGAAGCGGCAGGCGGCCAUGACAGUGAGAAAGGUGACCAAACAGAAAGGUGUAAACAGGUGCACGCCCCCCUCAUACCCACCCCCCCAGGACCCCCUCAGUGCGGGGCAGUAUGAGGUAACGGAGGACAUGGCACAAGGAGAGGUUUUUGAAUUCAGUCAAUCCAAAAGAGGCCAGGCUCCUUUCUGGCAGAAUUUUAGUAGAUUAGCUCCAUUUAAGAAAUAGAGAUACACAGACUCUUCUGAAGGACCAGCUAUUUUUCUUAGAAGCACUAAACACUGGAUGAUCAUGUCCCAUGAUGAAGAAAAAUACAAAAAAACACACAUACCCAAGAGACUCCGAAGUUAAGGACCAAUGUUAAUAUAGAGUGUGAUUUGAAGCAGCAAGAGGACUGAAGACUUGGAUUUAAAAAAUUGAGAAAAAAAAUAAAACUUUACAAUUCAUAUAUGUUAGUAACGUUCUUAGUUAUCAUGCUUCUCCAGAUGAGUCAACUGUCAUGAACUCCUUCCCUCGGAUUCUGCAUAUUCACGCCAUCUGAAU